AUCUCUCCCUCCAUCGCCCAGCCCCUGUUCGUCGAUACCAGCCCUCAUCGCUCCUGAUCAACUAACUGCUCUUCAUCCACGCCUUCUGCCGUUCUCAUUUCCGUUGCUGAAUAUUCCCCUUUCCACCACCCCUGCUCUCCACCCUCAUUUGGCUGGCCGUUCUUCCCGUUGCCACUAUGCUUAUUCGAUCUCAUUUCGUGCUCGCGCUUCUGUCGCUCUCCUCAACCGCCCUUGGCCUCUGGGAGGGCCCGGCUGGUCAGCAGCUGAUGGUGGACGACGCUCGCUCUGAUGCCAGCCACCAUCGCUUCUACAGCCACCACGACGGCCACCACGACGGCCACCACGGUCGCCAUCGUCAGGACGACUCUGCUGCUCGCCGCCUCGCUCCGUCGCGGCCCAAGCACUCGGACCAGGUCUUCAACCUCUACCAGGCCUCGAAGCGUCUCAUUGCCCUGUCCGACUCGGAGCGCGUCUGGAUGGACGAGACCCAGAUCUUUGAUCUGAUCCGAGCCGGACGCACCUUCAUGGACGUCACCGACGGAGAUCUGGAGGGUGUCUCCAACCUCAAGAAGCCCGAAAAGAUCCCUGUUCCCAAGGAGGUCAAGUACCCCUAUGUCGUCAACCCGCUCUCCCAGAAUAUCUCGCAGAGCAUCAUGGAGAACUUUUUGACCGAGUUCAGCUCGUUCAAGACCCGUUACUUCCAAACCCAGCACGGCAAGGAUGCUUCCGAGUGGCUCCACACCCAGAUCACGGACGUGGCCUCCUCGGCUUCCGAGGACGUCAAGGUGACCGUUUCCAAGUUUAAGCACUCGUGGCCCCAGUUCAGCAUUAUCGCCCGUCUCGAGGCUGCUGCGGUGUCUGAGGCAAAGAAGGGCGGCAUUGUCAUCAUUGGCGGCCACCUCGACUCUGUCAACCAGUGGAACCCCUGGUGGGGCCGAUCGCCCGGCGCCGACGACGAUGGCAGCGGCACCACCACUGUCUUUGAGGCCUUCCGCAUCCUUGUUGCAAAUGGAUUUGUUCCUGAGCGCCCAAUCGAGUUCCACUGGUACUCUGCCGAAGAAGGAGGUCUCCUUGGUUCCCAGAAGGUUGUCGCCAAGUACCAGGAAGACGGCGUGUCCGUCGCUGGCAUGUACCAGAUCGAUAUGACCGGCUUCACCCCUGAAGACAAGGAGCCCGUUAUCGGUAUCUCCACCGACUUUGUCGAUGACAGCCUCACCACGUAUCUGCGAAAGCUUUCGGAGGAAUACAGCAGUGUCAAGUGGAUCGACACCAAGUGCGGCUACGGAUGCUCCGACCACGCUUCGUGGACCAAGGCCGGCUACCCCUCGGUCUUUACCUUCGAGGCUGCCUUUGACGACCACUCGCCCUACAUCCACACCACCGACGACGACGUUUCUCACAUCGACUUUGAGCACAUUGCUCGUUUCGUCAAGCUCGCCGUUGCCUUUGGUGUCGAAGUUAGUCUGGCUUAAGCCUGCUGCUGCUCGAGCGCCAUGGUCUGUUGAGCGAUUACACGCUUGCCCAUCCAAUAAACGAAAGAUUUGCGAUUGGAGA